AGAGGAGGAAGGACCGUCUCGAGCCGGGCGCCGCCGGAAGGGGACCGUCUCGAGCCGGAAGUGGCCGGACGGCGGUGUGUUUUAAUUGAUGGGGAAGCAAGCGGUGGAAGCGCGCGCCGUCGCCCUUCAGUGACGGGGAUGGCGGCGGUGGCGAGUGAGGCGGAGAGAGUGGUUCUGGAGGAGGAAUUUAAAUGGUUAUUGCGAGAAGAAGUUCACGCUGUCCUUAAACAGCUGAAGGAUAUUCUGAAGGAGGCUUCCCGACGUUUCACCCUGACAGCUACUGGACCGGAAGGCCAAACCAGACUGGAGAACUUCAAACUGGGAAGCUCAGCAGCCGACCAGGUAAAAGGUGUCCUCACACUGCAGGGAGAUGCACUGACACAGGCUGACAUUAACCUGAGGCUGCCAAAACACAACCAGGUUCUGCACUGUACCUUCAGGGAGGACAAACAAUGGAAACUGCAGCAGAUUCAGGAUGCCAGGAAUCAUAUUGGACAGGCCUUGUACCUCCUCAACAGCAGAGAUCAGACUUACCAGUUUAAAAGUGGGGCAGAAGUCAACAAGCUCAUGGAUGCAGUAAUGUUGCAGCUAACCCGUGCUCGCAAUAGACUGACCACACCUGCAGCAAUGACCCUCCCGGAAGUAGCCUCAAGCAGUUUGAUGAAAAUGUUCACACCACCUCUUCCCGGUGAUGUCUUUGCAAACUUCUACAUUAAUCUGAGCAAACUUUGUUUGAUUGUCUACCAGCUCCAUCUUCUGCAGCCCAAUUUGAAUAAGAACUUCAAACCUGCUGGGAGCUCCGUGCUGCAUAACCCAGGAUCCAUGUUUGAGUUCAACAACCAGAAAUUUGAGGUUAGCCAUGUGCACAAAGUGGAGUGUGUGGUUCCUUGGCUAAAUGACACGCUUGUUUUCCUUACUAUCGCACUACAGCUUUGUCAGCAACUGAAGGAUAAGAUUUCUGUAUUUUCCAGUUACUGGAACUUCAAGCCCUACUGAUCCUGAGCAACAGGUUAAAUGAAGAUCAAUCUGCAGUCGGUGACCACCUCCUGCCCAGCUCCCAGGCAGUUACUGUAGAUGCUGUCUCUGAAUAUUUUGGGCAGUAUACUUACACUUUUUCUAAUUAAGUUACACACUACACUUCUCCCUCCAAUCCUUGAUAUUUGUCUCACUUUAUUAAACUAACUCCCUGUCUGGGGCCUGGCCUGCGAUAUUUGAAAUGAAUUAUGAAACAAAUGCAGUCUUGAGCUUUUAACCCCGUAGUUAGCCUUAAGGUAGAGGCUAAUGUUAUAGUAUUAACUGUUAAUGAAGAUGUGGUUCAGAGCUGCUGAAUGGGAGAUGGUCACAAAUAUGUUGAAUUAGGAGCAGUAGUUUCUCCAGAAUCUCUCUGGUUUUGUGUUCUGCACUUUUAAUUGUUUCCAAGUUGCAGGCUAUGUGGAGUAAAAGAGGGAAUAUUAUCUCUUCGUGGAGCUUAAUGUUGAAGCACUGAAGCUCUGCAAUUCUGCAGCUACGGAAAUCAAAGAACAAAAGCUAUACAUUAUACCUCUUGGUGGAGCAGCCCAACAUUCUUACAUUCAUUUUAUCUUUGGGAGCCCCCGCCUCAGAGAUUUCCUCCUUCAGAAAGCAAUGAAAGAUCAAAGUGUAGUCAUAUUUAAGUUUUUAAACAGGUCAUACGUUAAAUUACUAUGGCAUUAAUUAGCUUUGAAUUUGUGCUGGUCAUAAAUUAGUUGACCCAUUGUUUGUGAUUGCUUUAUCAGGAAACCUUGUAUCUAGGUUAUUUUUGCAUCAGAAUUUAUAAGCCUCUGAUUAUGUAUUUGACUUCUAAUGGCUCAGCAACUUAGAAUGAACAAAAAUGAAAAAGACACUGAGCACAACUUAAUUUGUGCAAAUAUUCAACUUCUAAGAUGUGCUAGAAGCAUUGUAGUUUGUUAACUAACUGCAUUUCCAACAAUCUAAUUGAGAGCCCCAUAUGCGCCUGGAGUAUCUGACAAGCGCUUUCUACUCGUGUGAAAUCUUAUGGAUGCCAAACAAAGCAAUUGACACAGCAGUAAUUGGAAUUAAAACUGCAUAGUUGAACUGCACAGCAUUAAUAAAGGAUAGAGGCAAUAGGUUCGGCAUGUCUUCACUGCACAGCAAAUCUUUAUACAUUGUUGAAAAUAUAAUCAGUUCCAUUCAUGCAAAAGGACGUGGUUUUAAGACGUAGGAAGUUUCAAUCAGAUUUUUAACAGACUCCCUUGUGCAGAAUAUAAAGUGUAUUUGUGUAUCCCCUCUGGAAGAAUUGUGGAUAGUCUGUGUGUGUGUGUGUUAAUGCUAUUGGUGUACUGUUAAUAUUAACCAGUGUUUAUGUUUCAGCUGCAUGUUUCUGUUGUAUUUGGACAAUAAUUCUUUGAUCAUCUUGGCAAGAUAAGACAACUGGUAUUUCAGCUUCUGAAAGUGACGUGAAUUUUGAAACCACCAUUCAUAAUGGAACUACAUUGGAAACUCUCAAUAUUGAAUUUCAGUACAUUGUGCUAUCUUCACAGUCACUGGUUUGUCUGAAACUUGAUUUUUAAAAAAUGAAAAGCCCCACAUGCCUCUAAUCCAUGUAUCCUUUGCCUCCAGUACAAAGAAUUGCCACCUUUUUCCUCCGUCUUAAGUUGAGAACUGAGGAUAUCCAAAACUAAGCUUGUUUGAUGUAAAUGAAGUUUAACGUAGUGCGGGAUAAUACUUGUUUCACUUAUUUUGUGAAUAUUGAAAUUAAUUUCUAAGGGACACAAUUUGAAAGCUGUCUGCUGAACAAUACUGUGAUUAUAUAUUCAACACUGAUCAAGUUGAGCAUUGUUCAAACAGUCAUAUAUUUCCACCAAAUAAGGUGAUCCUUAUCAAACUACUGUAUUUUUAAUGUCUGGUAAAUGUUCCAGCCAACACUUUGUAGAACUAUUAAAUGCUUUUGCCUUUUGAGAGUUUAACAAGAUGUUUGCAAUUAAAAAGCAACAUCAGAGAGCCCUGCAUUCCUCUCUCUGUUGGCUUUAGCCAAUGUGCUUGUGUAAGAUGAUGUAAAAUGCUUGUGGCAGCUAGUUCCUUGAUUUGCACAGCAUUGAUCCCACAAGUCUCAGUGUAACUCUUUCACAUGAUUUCCCACAGGUUGCAGCCAGAAUGUACUUCCCCCUUCUUGAAACCUGUUGCCUCAGUCUGUGAAAUUAUCUGCAACUUCAGUUUUUUUUAAACUUAUUGGAGUAGAAAGUAGUCCUUCACUUCGCUGCAAGGUUUAAGAGUAGUGCACACCCCACUUGGAGUGCAAUAAGUCUUGGGGCAAUGUGCAGAACCCCCGAUGUGGAACCUUUUGGAAAAUUGGAUACAGGGCUAACUGGGAAGGCUGGCAAUUAUUGUCCAUCCCUAACUUCACUUCAGACGGUGGUGAUGAACCUUUAAUUGCAGUCUGUCUAGUAUCUGUUGCAUUUCUUGUAUGCCUGAUUUGUGGCUAUUGAAAAAGCCAGUUGAGUGUGACCUUUGUGGGAGUCACAGGUAGCCCAGUCUUCCUUCCCUAAACCAGUCUCUCUACUGGCAAUUGAUAAUAGUUUAAUGCUCCAUUACUGAGACUAAUAUUUGAUUCUUGACUUCAUAAUUAAUUGACGUAAAAUUCAAAUCCCAGCUGCCAUGAUGGGGUCUGUGUUAGACAGAGCACUGUCUGUGCCUCUUGGAUUACUAGUGCAGGAACACUGCUGCUGUAGCAUCACCGUCUCUUCACAUUACUUGUAAGCCUGUCUUAUUGUAACAUGAACCAACGUUACAAGUUGUACUUUUCACCCAAGCACCAGAGAGAGUGGAUUGGUGAGGGUGUGACAUGGGUCGGUUGACUUACCCAAAACUCAAAAAUGGGUAAAGUAAGGCAGAAUAGAUGAGGAUGUGCCACGAGUGUUUAUCUCUUUAAAAAGCUGUGAUGUCUUCCAGUAUCAUGUAACUUGAAUCCAGUAUGUAAAAUGUAUAUUCUAUUCAAUUCCUGCGAUCAAUCUGUAGCAGAAUAUGCUUAUGUUUCUGUGUUUGCUCUUGAUGUAACGACAUGACUGAGACCAAUUCUAUUUAAUGACUGUUUAAAUUAUUCAGUAUGUUUUGUGGACCAAGCAAAUUGUUCAGAUUAUAUCUGCAAUAAAGUAUUGAUCUCAAAGAA